AUGUCAUCAGGCCGGCCGAUCAAAUGUGUUGUAGUUGGAGAUGGAACUGUAGGGAAAACAUGCAUGCUUAUAUCAUAUACUACAGAUAGUUUUCCUGGAGAAUAUGUACCAACAGUAUUUGAUAAUUACUCUGCCCCUAUGGUAGUAGAUGGUAUCUCUGUUAGCUUGGGAUUAUGGGAUACAGCAGGCCAAGAAGACUAUGAUAGACUGAGACCUCUAUCUUACCCUCAGACUGAUGUUUUUCUAAUAUGCUUCAGUGUAGCAUCCCCAUCUUCUUUUGAAAAUGUGACUUCCAAAUGGUAUCCUGAAAUUAAGCACCACUGUCCAGAUGCACCCAUGAUAUUAGUUGAGAAGCUAUGGUCGAACGAUUCGUCUGUCCAAGUCGUGUGUUUGGACGAUUUGAAACAAAAAAUUCAAAAGUUCGCGCCGCAAUUCAUAGACUCCUCGCAACAGGAUGCACAAGAAUUAUUAUGUUAUCUGCUAGAAGGGCUGCACGAGGACGUCAACAUGGUCGUAGAGAAAUCGAACCCUAACCCAAAGCCAGUACUGAGAUUCUUGAGAAUGAACAAUUCUAAGUUCGUCGAUAAUUUUGUCGGGCAGUUCAAGUCUACUUUGAGAUGCACCUUUUGUGGCAAUUGUUCGGUGACGUUCGAACCAAUUCGAGAGUUGUAUUUACCGAUACCACAGCGAUCAAGCCAACUCAGGUUGUCUCAUUGCUUGGAUUCGCUUACCAAAACGUUGAACGCCCUGGCCGAUCAAGGGCUCAGUCCGAUUAAGAGGGAGCAGGGCCAGAAGCUGGCCAACAAAAUAAGGGCCGUCAAGUACAUGGAGUGCUCGGCCCUGACGCAGCGGGGACUAAAACAAGUUUUCGACGAAGCCCCACAGGCAAACGAGGGUAAAGGGAAAAAGAAUCAGUGGCACGCAAUGAACGACUCCAAAUUCUUCGGCACGACGCCCUUGUACGGUAUCUUGACCUGGCGAAUCACCCGCGCCGCGAUUAGUAUGUCAUUUAGUAUUCACCAUUAG